GACAGAGUGAUAUUUUGUCUGGAAUAAAACCUCAAAAAGGUGAUCAUAUCUAACGACAGCUGCAUUUUACCACAGUAAUGCAACAAAGCAGCAUUGCGUUCCUUUCUCAACAAGGAAAUAUAUGACAGCGCAGAAAAGGGUCGAUAAUUCCCGAGCACAAGAAAAAGAAAUUGAAGAAGGGUUUUAGAGAGAGAAUUUCGGUGAGAGAAAAUGAGAGAGAUCUCAAGUGGAAGAGGAUUCCGUCUUCUUCUGGCGUUCUUUUCUUCGAUAUCGCUGCUUUUCAUUUCAGCCUAUUCCGAUGAUUCGCCAACUCCAAAAACUGAAAUAAAAAUGGUACGUCAUGGUGGCAGCGACAGAUCCAUGAUAGCACUUGUAUGUUUGGUGCUCGCCACAGUUGCUCUGUUAUCAUUUUUCCUUUUCAAAUAUUGGCAAAAGAAGAAACGCGAUGAGCAGUACGCUCGUCUGCUGAAGCUGUUUGAGGAGGAUGACGAGCUUGAAGUUGAGCUUGGUCUACGGGACUGAGCACGUUUGGCUUUUGUAUUUCACUGUUCGUUAAGGUCUGCAUGCAUUCAUUGGUUACGAUCUUGUUGGCCCCGGUUUCCGACUACCAUCUCCCGCGAAGAUCUAAAUGGCACUUUAAGCUGGGCAACUCAUAGAACUAGCUAAUAGCAUCUUUCCCAUUUGCAGGUUGUAGCAUAUGUACCAGGGAUUUUGAGUUAUUGUUUUUGGAGAGUGAUUGGUUAUACAUAUAUGGUGAUUACUGGCCAAAUCAAUUGUUCAAAGUUUGGAAUUCCUAUUUUUGAGUGUAUAUCUGAAUAACUGAUGUUCAUAGUGACAACUGGUUCUGUACUGUGCAGUAGCAAUUGGAAACUAAAUCA